AUGCCGGCUCCAUCAAAUCUCCCCUCUGAGCGAGUCACAAUCCGCUUUCCACCCGUAAAGGACGUGGAGGAGAGCUACCAGCUGCUCGAGCUCCCGCCCGAGGUCCUCGCUGCCGUCGAGGGUGGUGCAGUUGUCCCACUCACGAUCAAAGGCCGACCCAACGAUGACGCUGUCCUCUGCACCCAGGACAAGACGUACACGCUCCGCAGCGUAGCCAUCUCCAACUCGCUCCUUGUCCUGCGGCCACCCACCUCUUCAUUCGAGACGUGUGCCACGAGGUCCUGGAGUGCGUCCCCCGCUGCGGGCCGCGUCGAGCGCGUGCGUGCUGUCCUCAAGGAAAGCGCAUGGACGGGAAUCGACAAGGAGCGAGCCGGAGGCGAGGGCCGCAAGAAGCGUAAACGCGCAAAGAGGUAUACCCGUGCGCAACUGGAGAGCAUCAUCCAGGCGAGCGAGGACGAACUUUCGGCUGCGAUCAAGGAAAACAACAUCGUCGAGGUGGACGGGGACAUGCUGCUUCUCCCUGAGGCCGAGCUGGGCGCGCUGCUGGCCCUCGUGCUGGCCCUGAUCACUGUCCAUGCGAGUUCUUCACUGUCGGGAAGCAGUGUUCCCGUCUCGGUCUGUGCGGUGGCCGAGGCGCUGAGUGAGGACCACGAGGUGCCGUCUGACCUCUCGCGCGGAGUCAUGGGCCUGUUUGGCACGAUCGACGGCGACACAUGGGACGCGGACGUGCAAGCCAUGGUGCGCGAGUUGGGCCGCGGUCUCCUCGUGCAACUCGAGGAACCUCACCCCGUGGACGAGUUUAUGAUCCGGUGGCACCAGGCCUCGACCGACGACUGGAGCCAGCACGCCGACAUCACCCUCCUCAAGGGCGAGUACCUCCUCACUGACCCGCCACCAUCCACAUUCGCCCAGGCGGGCCCGCUGCUGUCCUACUUCCCGGCCCACUCGCUCCCAGCCCACCCGCCCACGCGCUUUGCCGACCUGUUCCUCACUCGCCCCAGGUGGCGACCAGACGACAUGGCGCCGUUCCUGAGGGGUCUGUAUCGCGAGGGAGACUCAAAGGCGCGCGACAAGCUCAUUGCAAAGUUUGUGCGCGUGGUCAAGGAAAAGGACGGGAGCUGGUGGUACCCGCGUCGUACGGGAUAG